UAUACACGUAUGAGUUUGAAUAACUUUGAAUGACAUUUUGUGUAGCAAAAUUGUUUCCUGUGGUGAAGUUGCAAAAAAAAGCAAGCAAGUUGAAAACAGGACAUUGUCAAAAUUCCUCAAAGUCAAAAGCACUGAACUUCCAAUAAAGAGAAACGCCACAGAUUAAAUCUUCAAACGUCUACAUGGAGAGACGUCACGGAUUGAAUAUUCAAACGUCUGCCUUUGUUUGUGUUACUUUGCUGCGAAUGUUUGGAAAGAAAAAUGUAGAUAUCAAGUGAUGUAGACAAGCGAUGGCAACAGGUUAUGAAGAUAGCAGAUUUGAAACGCAAGUUGAUCAAAGCCUUCAUUGCGCAAUAUGCACAGAAGUAUUAAAAGAUCCAGUGCAAUGUCGCAGGAAUGAACAUCAUUUCUGUAGGAAUUGUAUCACUGAACAUCUACGACAUUCACAGAACUGUCCAACAUGUAAAGACCCCUUGACCGUAGAGACCCUGGUCAGACCUCAACGAUUCCUAGCGAACACCCUGUCAAGUUUGAAGAUUUCGUGCGAGAAUUCCGAGCGUGGUUGUCGCAAGGUCAUCGAACUUGGCUCACUCGACACACACGUAGCAACUUGUGGUUUCAGUCCAGUGCCAUGUUCCAACGAUCAAUGUGAGGAAAUAAUAAGUCGACGUGAUAAAGAAAUCCAUGAAAAUAAAGUUUGUGGUUUUCGACGAGUCAAGUGUGAUUACUGCGCCCAAAUGGUGCUGUAUAAGAACUUUAUGCAGCAUACAUGUCCAGCCCAGAAAGAAAUUCGUAAAAUAAAAGCCGAGUUGAGAGAAGUUCGCUCUACACUAGAUGAAAUGUUUAAAAUGAUGCAAAAUAUGAUGUCUAGUCUUACAAGGCUUGAAAGAAAUACGGCACAACGUUCAGAAGGCAGUCAUGCAAGCAGUGGUCAGGAAUUGCAAGCCGAGAUUGUCGUCGCAGGAGGGUUUGAUAAAUCUGUCGAAGUGUUCAACAUGACAACCAAAACAUGGCGGUCACUGUCAGAGAUGAAUGAAUGUAGAGAUGGAGCAAGUUUAGUUUUAUACCAAGGUCACAUGAUUGUGACAGGUGGGGUCCAGGAGGAGUCUGGAAUAUGCCAACUCCAGGACAGUGCUGAAGAACUAAAUCUUGCUGAGCAAGAUGGACAUUGGGUUGUAUCUCAAUUUAAAUUACCAGUACCGUCCUGUGGUCACGCAUGCGUAGUAUAUCAGAAUCGUGUUUUUCUUAUUGGAGGAUAUGCUUUUCCUGAAACCUAUGAUACAAUACAUGAAAUUCAGUUGACCCCUCCCUAUACAUCAAGGUUGCUUACCAAGAUGCCCAUGCCAAUAUGUUACCAUGGUGCUGAGAUAGUGAAUGGCAAGAUAUACAUCAUUGGUGGUAGUACGACAGGAGAUUAUGAAGAUGCAACCAGCACUGUUCUCAUGUUUGACCCAGCAACCAAUACUUGUACAGAGCUGAAACCGCUUCCAUAUACGGCAUCAACGAUGACAACUGUAACUUGGAAAGACAAUGUGGUCGUCCUUGGCGGGGUGGACAAUCAACACAACACUCUCAGUACAGUGAUACUGUAUAAUGUUACCACAGGAAGUCAUCGAAUGCUUCCCGAGAUGACAAAGAAGCGAUAUGGUUGCACAGCAGUGACCAUUGGUGAUAAUAUUAUCGCAAUGGGCGGGUGUGAUGAAAGUGACACUGAUCUUAACUCUGUUGAAUGCUAUAAUUUCCACACCAACACGUGGACAGAGUUCCCAGCCAUGGCUAAAACAAGAUCUGGUGCUGCUGCUGUUGUAAAAUAUUGCUGACAUUUGUACCAUUGUUAUUCAUAUAGAUUGAUGAUACUGGAAUACACUGUUGUUAUUGUUGUUAAUAAAGGUUUUUAUAGAAAAAAUCAGGAUUUUGGAUUUUCUUUACGUUUGACGGCAUGCAAGUUUAUCUUUUCUUUAUGUAAGUUUAUCUGUUGGUGAUAUGGUUCGUUUUAGCCGAGAAAAUUGAAUGUGAAUAAUUUAACUAGUAUUUACUAACAUUGAGCGCCCGCAGCGCUCUUUAAAUUUGUAGUGUUUCUAGCGUGUAUAAAGCAGGCGCUCGCGGGCUUUGCAGGCUAUGGUGUUUCAGUUGCGUCGCUUAUUCGAGGACGGCGCCUUCAAUAUUUACGAGGCGCUUAAUCCAAGGCUUAAACGAGUAAAUACUGUAAUCUGUAUACAUAAUUCAUAAUUGUUUGUGUAAAAUAGCUGGAAACUUUUCACUCCCUAUUAAUUUGGCAAUUUGGCAAUUUGGAAAAAACCAAAAUUAGAAAUAUAAAUCAAAUUUAAGAUGAUUAAUUUUAAUCUUAUAUUACGGAUUUUGGUCUCGGCUAUUAUCAAAGCUAUAUGAGGUAAAGCAUAAAUGUUUUGCACAUUUCGACUUCAAUGCCCAUUCUAUAUGAAAUAUUAAUAGUAUUCUUUGAUUAUUCUUUGUUUUAACAAUAUGAAAUUGGUCGAAGACCUGUACUCAGGAAAUAAAAUAACAACAUAAAACGCUCUCUGAGUUUCCAGCGAUAUACAUACCCUUUUCUAGAUAUAUACCUAAUAAUAAUAAACGAACGAACGAAUGUAUUCCUUCCACUCGUGAGCUCAUUUACCAUUGUCACAUAUAGUAAAUGUCCAGGCCUUGUGACCCUGGAUGGGCACUUAAAAGGAAAGAGUACACACACACAAACUGCGCAUGAACGAACGUUCAAAGUGAAUGCCUCUUGUUAGCCACCUACAAAAUUAUUAUUAGCAUAACAAUAUGUCUCACACGACUCAUUUCCUUGUCGUCAUAUCAUAACAAACCAUAUCAGGAAAUAUGAAUAUCAAUUACAAA